GAUGAAUCGCAUGUCUCCUCCUACUCCUCAGUCCUCCUAGACAUCAAGUUUUGCAAAACACUUCCUGCUAGUCAGCUGAUGGACGAUUUGCGUUUUAAAGAAUGUUGUACAAUUCUAAAUAUAUCGUAGUUUUAUGAAGAAAAUGCUCGAAAGUGACUCAGUGAAACGAAACUGAAGUGAUGGAAAUGAAAGUGAUUAUCGAGUUUGUCAAUAUCAGCUGUGAAAAUGCCAGUGAAAUGUCAUAACAAUGGUCGAAAAUUCGGAGUGAUAAAAGCUGGAAAUUCUCUGCGAACAGCACAGCCCACACUAUUUAGGUAUGUCUAGGGUUACUUCACCCUUAUGAAUUCAUUGAAAAAUCGAAAAUAAAUUGGCAGAAAUAUGUUGCACGUUUUCCAUGUGGAUUCUGGGAGAAUGAUGACUUUUGAUAUGAGUCUUGCACUAGAAAGUGUGGACAAUCUCAAACACUUUGUGCAAGAGGAAUUCAAGAUAGCAGCCGAGAAGCAGGUAUUGCUCAUAAGCGGGGGCGAAUGUUUGGACCCCAACAAGAGGGUAUGUUCAUACUCUGCCGGCACAGAUACCAAUCCCAUUUUUCUCUUCAGCAAGUCCAUUAUUGAAUCUCCCACACCGCCUCUGCCUGGAGCAGAACACGGUUCAGAUAGUGAUAUAGAUCUUCGAGUCAAAGAACACUGUGAUAUGCCCGUGACGUUCACCACGGUGAGCAAGCGCGCUCAACUUGCUCAGCAGCUGCACGAGCUGGCCAGGAAGCAGCUGUCGUCGUGCGAGGGCCUCGUGCACGAUCAGCAUCUGCAGCAGCAGGGCUGGUCGGCGGUAGUCGCCAAUUUGGAGGACAUCACCGUCGAGUUCCGGAAGCGGUCGGAGAUCUUCGAGAGGAGUUUCAACGAGUACAUGGAAGAGAGAGGGUCGUACCUCGUCUUCCUGAAACACUUCAACAACGAUCUGGAAAUCCUGCAAAGAAUCCCCGUCCUCUCCGCCUUGCUCGACACCGAAAUCAACACCUCCAAAACGUCAGAGGAUCACCAGCAGAAAAAGGAGGAGGAGGAGGAGGAACAGGAGUCGACCGCCUCCCGAGCCAAAGACAUCACCCUGUACGAGUGGAUAUCGGCGGCUGAUAACAAGAGCACCAUGGACCAGCUGUACGAGCACUGCGCGCGUGGUCUCGAGCAAUUCGACGCACGCGCGUUCGAAUCCUUAACGGAGGAUAUCGGCGAGAUGUUGAGGGGGGCGGACAACCCCCAGAUGAAGGAGGUGAAGGGCUUGGGGGAGCGGCUGUCCGGGCUGGAGACGCUGAUGCGGGAGGCGAAGCGGUUCGUGCAGCAGCAGGCCGAGUUGGCGCAGUCUUUCGCGAAGCAUCAAAGUCGGGCCAGCAACACUAAAGACUCUUCCGUGCUUCCGGACCUGUGCGCUACGCACAAGAAGCAACUUCAAAUGAUGGCGAACAACCAUCAGCAACUCUGUGAUAUUAAAAGGCGAUGCACCAAAGCGAAAGAAGAACUGAGCGUGAAUUUGUACCAUAGAUUAAGGUGGGUGAUGUAUAUUGAAGACCACAUACUGGAAAUUGACCAAAAACUCGUGAUUUACCAUGAAAACUUGAAGCGGCUGAGAAGGCACUUGGAGGUGUUGCAACAAAUACAUUUGGCACCGGCCACUUACCUUUGCGCUGUUGCCGAAGUUGUGAGGAGAAGGGCGUUUUCACAGACAUUUUUAUUGUGGGCCUCCGAACUGGCGUGCCACCUGCUCACCAUCCACAACGACGAAGUGGCCAGACGCAGGCAGUUCCAAUCGCAGUUCGACGGCCACUUCCUCACCUCCCUCUUUCCCGGCAUGGACGAUCUGCCGCCCUCUUUCGCCACCCAGGCCCCGCCCACUUUCGACUCCGCCCUGCCCAGAAUCGCCGAAGCGGACGUCGAGCGACUCAAACACGAACUGCCCGAUUUGGCCGACAAUCUGAACGUGCCGGAUUCGUCGGCCAUCGAGAAUUUUUUCCUCAUCAAGUCGAUGGUAAGGAAAGAGGAGGAGGAGGAGGAGGGGCCAGUGGUUGAGGAGGGCGGGGAAAAGGGAGUGGCCGGCGAUAGCGAUAGGUCGAAGGAUGCCGUGGUGGGGGGUGGGGAGGUGGUGUUUCCCGUUACGGCGCACGGGUUGCCGCAUCUCAAGGAUUUGGACAGGGGCUGCGAAUCCGAAACAGACACCGAGGAAUUCGAGAAGGUCGGCCAGAGCCCUCUAGAACUCCACUUCGACAACAAGAACAUGCCGCAGUCGCCGCGCUCUCGACCGACGCAGGACGCCUCCACGUCAACCGAGGUGGGUGAGAAACCUUCUGCGCCCCCCAAAAAACCUCCCCGCACCUUCCAAAAACCCCCAAAUGCCCAACCACCGCCUACUUCCUGUGACGACCACUGUCGCACUAUGAGCGUCAGCAGCAACACCGAAAGCUUCACUAACCUCAAAAACGCCUCGCUGGAAUCCAUCGACGAAGGGUCGGUGUUCGACUCGCACCACCAUCGGUGCCUGUCGAAGAGCGUUUCCCCGCAGAGUCCCCCCUUGGGCCCCCCUCAUUGUCCUUGUUCCCCUUCGUUUUUGGGCCACCAACAGCAGCAGCAGCAGCUACAGCACGCUGGGGAUUUCUCUAGCGAGGAGUUUUUCAUCGACGAGAGCAUGCCUUCGAGUUUGAGUAUUGAAGCGGGAGGAGGAGGAGGAGGAGGACAUAAUCAGAGGGAGUUCUCUAAGCAGUUGGAUACUGCCAAUACGGUCGUCGCUCUGUUGCAGGACAACCUUCAAAUCUCUAAAUCGGAACACGACCGCCUGAAAACCCUGCUGACGAAGCUGCACCAGCUGGCCAAGGAAGCUACCGUCCAGCUGCGCUCAGAACUCACCGACCUCAGAAGGCAGGUCCUUUCGAACCGCAGCCUGCUCGGCCAGCAGUGCGAGAGCUUGGGCAGCUCCUGGGAGAACGUGAUAGUGGAAAGGGACCACAAAGAAAAAGAAGCCUUGGAGGUGUUGAUGAGGAGCCACGAAGUAGCAGUGGAAGAGCUGAAGAGGGAGCGAGAGGAGAAGAACAGACAGAUCGAGCUGCUACUAAGCGAGAAGAGCCUGCUGGAGGGGGAGAUCCUGCGCUCCUGUCAGGGGCUGAACGAGCUGAAGGAGGCCGGCGAGCAGGCCUCCAGAGCUGUGGAGGAGUUGCGGCGGCAGCUGCAGGAAAAAGAUGGCGAGCGCGAGAAGGCGGUGAAGGAAGCGAGCGACCGAUUGACGCGCGAACACAAGGCCGAACUAGAAAGCAUCAGGUCGCGCUUCAAGCUCAUGAAUAUGGACCGCAGCCCCUCGGAGACCAACCUGGACAGGUCCGGGGACUUUAACAGCUUGCCUGGCCAUGCAGCCCUGCUGCUGCAGAUGCAGGACAAUUUCGAGCUGGACAAGGAGAGGGCGGUGAGCGAGGCGUUGGUGCGUGAGCGGGAAAAGUGGGAGAAGCUGCUCGAGAUCAGAGCGCGUGAGGCCGAUUUGGAGCUGCGAGAGGUGGCGAGGAGGGUAUCAGAGGAGAAGGACUUGCAGAUCGACGUGUUGAGGGAGCGAGAGAGGAACCUGAAUUUGGAGUGCGUCAAGUACAGGAGCACCAUCCAGCAGUUGGCGGAAAGCGGGGCCGAAAGCGGCGAUAGCGAAUUGGCGCGUAGAGUUGAUGUGUUGGAGAAGAGGCGGCAGGAGCUGGAGGAGGAGAUGGUGAGGCUGCGAGGAGUUGCCGAAGGCAAAGCGAACACUCCUCCAACUGCCCGCAAAGACGUCAUGUCCCGCAGCGACAUCGCUCCCCUCAGGCCGUCCAAAAUAAGCGUCGACUCGUGCAAACCCGACGAUCUGGUGGUGGUCAUGUGGGACCCCGACUACGAAAACUUCAAGGUGCUGCAAGAGAACCGGCACCUGUACUUCCUGCACUCUGAUUAUGUGGCCGGGUUGGGGUUGGAGGUCAAGGAGGGCAGGCCGAACAAGUUGCACGUCAUCGGGGAGGUGGUCGAUAAGGAGUACUGCUCUGCCAGGAAGUCGGAAAACCGCUACAAAGUCCCAGUGAACACGAAGUUCUUCCGGGUGAAAGUGAAACCGCCCCCCACCAAAGACGUCACACAAAGCGUCUACCUGCCUAGACCGCCCGGCGCCCGAGAAGAGGCGUGGCGCAUGACGCGUAGCCAAUCGGCAGUCGCGGCCACGCCCCUAGCGACGCCCACGGUCGCCGCCCACCCCGCUCUGGCCCCGCCUACGGUCUCCGCCCACCCGGUGAUAUUGGAGAGGGACGAGACGGACGGAGCGGGGAUUUUGAUGGAGGAGGAGGAGGAAAAACACUUUGCGGAGGAUAGCGGGAUUGUGGACAACGUUUUCGUGGAUAGCGUCAACGUGGAGAAAGUUGUUUCGGCUGGUUCGAGUCGCAACGAGAGCGAGAGUAGUGAUCGGUAGGUCAGCAGAAGAGUACUGUACUGUACUUUGACUAUUAUUUAUUUUUUGGUCCGAUUGAACGUGUCAGGAAUAUAUUAGUGAGAUUUUUUGGUUGUUGUACAUAAUUUUCGUGUGAAUGUGGGUGCGUGAGAUGAAGUGAGUUUUGUUGGGAUAACUUUGAGUUUUUCCUUUGGCUUGUUUGCUUUGUGUCGUCUUGAUGAUGCGGCAGCUACGCCAACAUAUUUUUGUCGUUCAGCUUUUUGUUGAAAAAAUCAUCGGCAAAUUUCGUGAACAUUUGCAAUUUUGCCGGAUAAUAUUACAUACUGGAUAAUUUUUUAAUAAUUAACUGCAAGGGAUGAAACCUUUGUCUCAACUGUGACUAAUGAAUCAAUAGUUUGAUUUGUGAUAUACUCAUGAAAUAAUUGAUCCUUCUUUCUAUGCUUUC